AUGGCGUCUCCUAGCAAAGGAUCCCACGUUGCCACAGCCUUGCGCUGUAACGAGAAGGUUGUUGAUGCAACCCCAUUGCUGCACGAUCUGCUGCACGGGUCCAGAGGGGCUAUUGCUGUUUCCCAGGCACUGAAAGCUUCUGUGCCCACGAUGAGCACCACAAAGCACAUAGUAUUAAGCGAGUGCAUGGAUGUAUCCAUCUCCGCUAUAGGCUUGCUGAUUCAGCUCUUAACGUCGGUUUGCGAAUUUACGACACUUAGCAUCUCUAGCUUUAGCUUUGUAGAUGCCGCUGGCGUUGGCUCGUCUGCCGAAAAGUUAAACAUUGAACGGAAGAUCGUUACAAAUCCCACACUGCAUACACUUAACCUGACCAAUUUAGCCAUCAAGCAAGGGGCCGAGAGCUCAUUUGAGGCCUUGAUACGCGCUUUGAUGCCUGGGUGCACGCACCUGAGCAUCAAGGGAAUUGCAUAUGAGUCGGGUAUGGGUGAGGAGAGCAGGUUCUUUAAGGCUCUGGCUUCAUCUGAAGCUCCGUACUUGCUGAAGGAAAUUCAGUAUGUCCCCAAUAUCUUCAUAAAUAAUUUGAUCCUUGCAAAUGCAUAUGGUACGAGUGAUAAAGAGAUGGUCUGCGAGAUAUAUGCGAAGUUUUUGUUAGAGACUCUCCCCUCGUUAUUCGUCUUCCUCCUGUUCGUCACCAGCACUCUAGAAUCUAUAACAUUGUAUAUAGAUCUCCUGUAUGCCGACACGCCACAAAUAAGGAUGUGUUUGGAAGAGUUUCGAGCCUUUCUCCUUCUCUGCAGCUCAUUGCAACGUGUUAAGCUUCUCUUACACGGAGAAAAGGCAGAUUCCCAAAUUACUCUGUCAGAUGCCAUGGGCCCUCUUCCCUCAGUCAUGAACAAAGCCUUCGACUGCCUCGGGAUAUACUCAGAAUACAAAGAAGAUCUUCUUCCCUCUGUGAGUGCGAUCAGAGAGGUAUUUGUAGAACGUACAAGAACCAUCUCCAGUCCAAUUAGUGGGACAAAGAACAGUCGCAAAUUCUUCACUAGUCUAUGCGUCAAUGUGUUCGCAAAACUUAACGUUGUUGAGAAUGCUAGUGCGAAUGCCGAUAAAGAACACGUUGACAACUGGUUUCAGUGCAGUAAAGUGCUCAGAGAAACCCCAAGAUCCUUUGAGCUUUUCACCAAACUGUUCAAGGAACUAAUUCUGGUAGAGAGCAACACCACCGUCUUUAGUGAAAGGACUCACAGAAAUAUCACCAAGCUGGCUGCUGAAGCAAGUUCCAAGUCUGUGAGAAGCCCCUUAACUUCAAGCAGCCUAGCAUUCGGCCUCAAUGGCUCCAGCAGCAGGCCAGACACGGCGAAGCGCUGUAUAGGAAGCCCGACCGUGGUGCAGUCCUCCCUUGUGGAUAGCGCCUAUCAUGAUCACAGUUACACUGUUGACGAGUCCACGGUGUCGGGCAGGUCCACACGGCCGAUGUCUGCAGUUGUCAAGGCUGACCGCUCGACGCCGCAGAUCACCUACAGCCCCUCCCGUCAGGCCGCCACAAAGCCGCAGGAAGUAUUAGAGAGUAGGCAUGCGUCUCAGUGUUCAAUGACUAGGUCACUAUUGCGUAGGUCUGAUUUGCAGCACUCGCACACAGCUGCUGCGCCAAAAGCAACCACGUCGAUGCAGCUCAGUGAGGGGACUAUAGGCUUCAAUACGUCUGGCCCCAUAUCGAUCAAUGAUCUACUAACCAAAAAUUCCACUGCCAACAACCAACUCAGGGCAGAGCUUUACUCCAUGCUUUUGGAUAUGUUGCCGGAAGCCCAGCCAGUCAAAAAUCUUGUGCGGAGGGUUUCGGAGCAAGAGGAUGCGCUUAUCGAGCUUAAAAACUGUGUGCUUCUGCUUGUAGAAAGAAUGGGCCCUGAUGCUCUAAACACGGAGGACAUAGGUUACAUCACCUCUGUCCUGCGAGGAUCAAAACUAGAUAGAGAACAAGGUCAUACUGUCAAAUCCAUGACCAAUGGGUGUUAA